AAAUCGGGGAGAGAGAGAUUCUUCCCCGGCGAUCCAUAGCCGCGGGGCGGAGUGAUGGUGGUGGUGUCCGUCGCACGCCUCCCCCCAAUCCUCGUGAGCCCUAUCCGAUUCCGCACCACCGCUACUCGCCGCCGUCUCCUCCCCUCCUCCGCGCUCCGCCUCACCCGCCCGCUCUCCUCCUCCUGCUCCGCGUCGCCGCUCGCCGUCGUAGCCUCCAUGGAGACGCCGCCGGAGAACUACCGCACCAACGUCGGCAUCUGCCUCGCCGACCCCUCCCUCACCAAGAUUUUCACCGCGUCCAGGAUCGACAUCGCCAACACAUGGCAGAUGCCUCAGGGUGGUAUUGAUGCGGGAGAGGAUCCGAGGGAAGCUGCUUUCAGAGAAUUGAGGGAGGAAACGGGUGUUACAUCUGCAGAAAUGGUGGCUGAGGUCCCCGUUUGGUUAACGUAUGAUUUCCCUGUUGAUGUGAAAGAAAAGCUGAAUGCUAGGUGGGGAGGAACGAACUGGAAAGGACAGGCUCAGAAAUGGUUUCUAUUUAGAUUUACUGGGAAGGAAGAUGAGGUUAACCUUAAUGGUGACGGAUCUGAGAGGCCGGAGUUUUGUGAAUGGACAUGGAUGACACCUCAGCAAGUUAUUGAAAAGGCAGUUGAAUUCAAAAAACCAGUAUAUGAGGCAGCCCUGAAACACUUUGCCCCAUAUCUACAGUCAGAUCCAGCAACUACAACUUCAUCAUAGCUGCAACGAAUUUCCUGAAGUUCUUUAUAUAGAGCGCUCUCAUGUUGCCAUAGAUCCACAAUAAUUUAUUAGUAUGAAUUAACGGAUGCUAGUAUCUUUGAAUACUUGGCAUUAUCCUGACAAUUAUUAUCCCAACAUUGGAUCGAAGUGUGCAAACUGAUACAAUAAUUAUCUUGUUACUUUACUCCGUACCGUAUUUCUACCUCCAACAUCCUCUCAGUAUGGAAUUCUUAGAAAAGGACCAGAGAGUUUCUUUGACAACAAAUAUCAAGGCAUGAAGGUUGCUGUGGCUUUUGUUGUGCGAGGACAAACUGCCCUUUAUGCUUUGUACUGUGUCAUGAUAUUGUCCCCUAUAGAGAAAAGGAAAUGUGGUUAGGAAGAUGUAUUGCUUGCUCCUCCACCUCCAGAUGUGGCUCUGAUUGUACAAGAUUUGGAGUACCAGUAGCAGCAUGAAGUGUGGGGAUUCUUAAAUGCCAAUAAAGGUUGACCUCGAGCAUUGGUGAGGAAA